AUGCGUCUGGAACCGUCUCCUGGCUCAGCCUCCCUGGGAGACGCAGUGCGGGGGGCGGAGCCUAUUCAGAUACGUGCCUGCCGGGGGGGGGGGGGGGGGGGGCGGGUCACGUGUCUGCUUCCCCUGCACAGAAGCUGGAACCACCCCUGCCCCCGCAAGGACCAAGCCUGGGGACCUGUGGUUUCCCAGGUGAUCCCAGUGGCUGCCUUUAGAAGGAAGGGAGUGUUGGAAGUUGCAAUCACAGAGCCCAUCUGGAGGCUGAGAUUUCCCCAGGGGGAGGGGCACUGUGGGCAGAAGGAAUGGCACGUGCAGGGCUUACAGGCAAGGAAGGGUGUCGAAUGGAGUCAGGCUACGGCUGAGGAGUUGGUUCAUCACCUUGGACAACAUUUCGCAAAGAAAAUGAGAUGCCACGUGAAUGUCUCGGGUUCGGCACAGUCCUGUGACCACACCCAGAUCUGGAUCCCUCCCGGGCAAGUUGCUGCCCAGAAGCACCGGGCCUUCCAGGAAAUUGAAGCCUGGACUAGCCAGAACCGCGUGGCCAACAGCGCACAGACAAACUUCUGCGGACUGCUAGUUGAGGCCCCGCCCCUCGGCCCUAGACGCCGCCUCUCCACUCUCUGCAGUCCCUGUCCCCACCAGGCGGCGACGCCCAAGAGUCCGCAUGCGCAGUGA